CUAUUCUCGGGGAUCAUUACAACAAGGACUUCAGACGGCGCAUGGAGACGAGGCAGUCACGAAGAGAUUACGUGGGCAAUGUGGACCGGAAGUUAACAAAUGGUGGAGGAUUGGGAAACACUUGCUCUCCUUUCCAAGCCCUCCAUAUGCCUGACACUAAAGAGUACGAGCUUCCUAAGAACAUGCCGGUGACUCCACGUAUGAUGCACAAGGCGGGUCGAUCAUCAAGUGAGCCAGUCUGGAUGACAGUCCGACAGGGAGCACUGCCGCCAUUACCCGCACUCAAAAGAUCAGACAGCUUUCUCACCAUGGCUGAGUCCGCUUCAGGAAACGCUUCGCAGUUGUCGUUUAUGGUGGAGUAGAUCACGCUUUUGGUGAAAGAUCAGAACGAGUGUCUUUUGGUUCGUUAUGAUUGACAUCUUCAUGGCAAUCAGAGCGGGAAAACAACAUCUGUGUCUUUGCGAUGUCUCGCCUGCGCAAAUACUUUCCUGUUGCUAACUUGCUUCUAUCUCCGAGACUGUUCGAGAUAUUUCAGAAUUUAGCACAACGAAGCUCACUGAUUCGAGUCGGUUGUGAAAAAUCGUGUGCUAUAAUUAGCCAAUCAGCUUCAUCGUGACACGUCAUCAGUGUGAAAUGUCGUUCGUCAUUUCCAGGGCAAGAGAGAGAAGGAGAGAGAAAAGUCAACCGUGUUUAUUCAAUUGUUAUUCUGAAGGGAAAACUACCAUCUGUUUCAAAUGAUACACAUUGUAGCAUUCUUGUGACUUGCUACACUACGAUACUUGUCAAGGAAAGAUUACGUUACGAAUCAAACAAAUGCCUACAGAGGCUACCUUUGAGUCGUUCAGAAAUAUGAUAGAAGAGAGGGACUGCCUCGAGAGUUCUGCCCUCGCACUAACAGGAACUUGCGGAAAAGAGACGCUAUGAAGUGAUGGAAAUCCAAAAUCAAGGUAGUGCUGUUCAUAAAACGAAAGAUGGCAGAACAUUCUUGGAGUUGAGUCCAAACCAAAAAUAACUUAAUAGUUUCGUUGAUGAUCCACAAUAAAUCAUAUGACAUGUAUUUAUUUUUUAUAUAUAGUUACGCUAAGUAUAAUUUAUUGUACAGUUGCCAAACACGGAGAAGUUUUUAAAUAGUAUACUCUUCAUGUACCUCUAGGAUCGAAAAUAAUGAUAUAGAGGACAAUUCGAGUAUUUUUAUUGUUCUAUGAAGUAUGAAUUAUGAGUUUUUACAAAAAUUGGGAAAAGCUUCGAAAUAUGAAGGAGAAAUGAGAAAUGGAGAAUUUUGGCGCCUGCAGUCCAUUGACGCCAUCGUAGAAUUCUGCAAUCAAUAAUGACUAAAGAGCAUGCUUAGAUUAUGGAUGUUUUUAUUAAAGAAAUCAUUAUGACAACCUUA